AUGUCCUAUGCCGUUCUGUUACCUAGAAAUAUGACUAGCUUGGGUGAGGCUUACAAGUACAUUGAUGGUGCCGAACAAGAAUCUAGAAACGGGAACCUAUCGGAAGCCUUGGAGAAGUAUAGACAUGCUUUAGACAAUUUGAUUGUCAAGGAAGAGGGUGCGGAGGAGGUCAGGUUGGGACCCGAAGUAGUAGAAGCCAUAAAGCUAUUGAGGCAGGAUAUCAACGACCGAGUUAGAGAUAUAGAAGCAUUGGUAGAGCUUCAGCGACCAACAACAGCAAGAAGUACGUCUCUUUCGGGAACAAUACUAACGAAUUUGAACUCAUCCUCGCAAAAUGUUGCAAGCGUAAGACCUUGGGAUGUUGUCAGAGGUGGGAAUCCUGCAGCUGGCAUGCAGGUCGAUCCACUGCUACUGAAGAUACUAAAUAAAUUACAAAAUGAGAUUAUUGCUAAACUAGAGGAAAAAAUAGUUGAAAAGGAUUAUCAUAAGGGUCAAAGUAUUGAAUCAAUAGUGAACCAAAGCUUAAUGCAAUUUGGGAAAGACUUGGCAAUCUAUGAGCAGAAAAACUACAAAGAGUUCAAUGCAAGAUUAGAAAAGGCAAAUAACGAAAAUAAAAAACUCUCAAAUCAAAUUGUCAAGCUACGAGAACGUUGGGACAGUCUUGUUGAGAGUGCAAAGCAAAGAAGAACAAGGCAACAGGAUAAUUUGAAUGGAAAUAACUCUGGGUGA